AUGACUUCUAGCAGAAACUGCACACCAACUGGAAAUGAGCAGCAGUUCCCAGAAGCCCACGCAAGACCAACUUUCUCCAUUGCCGAAUACAGUACCAUUGCAGAUGUAACUAAUCACAACGGGUUGGAAAGUGAACAUGAACAUGAAUCUAAUGGCGAAGCCGCUCUGACUCGAGGUAGCGACGAUAGCUGGGAGAGCAAAGAAGACAGAACCAAAUAUACUACAGAAAGCAACACAGAUGUCACACUGGGUAGCAAGGACACCCCGGAUAGCAAGGAAUACAAAGCAGAGGAUACGUCUGAUAGUGAAGAAGACUUCGAUGAUACUUCCGCCGCAGAUGUGACGCUGGGUAGCGACAAUACCGAGAGUGAGGAAAGCAAAGCGGAGGAUACGUUGGAUAACAAAGAAGGCUUCGACAAUACUUCCAAUGGAGAUGUAGAGGAUACGAUGGAAAGCAAAGAUGAUGAGACGAUUGCAAGCAGAGGAGAUUUAACGCUGGGAAGUGAGGAUGCUGUGGAGAACAAAGAAGAGGAGAACGUCAUUGGAAGCGGAAGCAAUGCGAAAAUUGUUGGUAGAGAAGACACUGUUGAUGAAGAUGAAGACAAAUUGAUGAGCAACACCAAUACGGUAGAAGGCACCAUAGAUGAAGAUAAAGAAGAUGAGCUAGGUAGCAACCUUGAGGUGGAGCAAGAUGCCCAAGAAGACGAGUUAGACAGUAACCACAAGAUGGAGAAAGAAAAAUUGGCCAGCAAUCUCAAUAGUUAG